AUGGCGGGGAACAAGCUCCGGAAGCCGUACACCAUCACCAAUCCUCUGCAGAAGUGGACCGCCGACGAGCACGACCGGUUCCUCCACACGCUGGUGCUGCACGGCCGCGACUGGAAGAGGAUCGAGGCGUUCGUCGCCACCAAGACAGCCACGCCCAGAAGCACUUCCUCAGGGCUCAGAAGAUGGGCCUCGCGGUGCCGCCAGUGCACCCUCGUCGCUCCGGCGCCGUCCCGUGAGGCCGAGAAGUAUUCCCCAUCUAGCCAUCUCCCUCCCUCAGAUUCACUCACCAGUCACCAGCGUCCAGCGACAUGGCGGAGGCCAUUGCCAUAUCACUCUCUGGUAAACUCGCCGUGGCACUGUCGCGCAGCGCCGCCCUUGGCAUCUCACGCCUCAUCGGCGUCCGCUCCGACAUUGCCGCUGCUAAAGGGGACCUCGACCUCCUCCGCACCUUCCUUCGUUUCGCAGACUCCCGCCGCGGCAGCACCGGCCGGCACGGACGAACUCGUGGCUGAGUGGGUAAGGCAGGUCCGCGAUGCCGCCUUCGAGUUAGAGGACGUGGCUGACGAGUGCUCCUUCCUCUCCGUCCACCGCCGCUUCGCCAAGGACUUGGUCAACAUCAAGGCCUGGCUCGCUGUGUCGAGGCGGUUGCGCAAGGCUCGGGAGACGCUCUCCCACCUGUCGGCAAUCAAGGGGCAGUACGGCAUCCACCCCGCCGACGCCGUCGACCCCGCCAUCGUUAGCGGGACGGCAGCGGCGUUGGCGGUGAGUGCUCACUUCUUGGAGAAAGAGGAGAUAGUCGGUUUCGCUGCGCACGAGAAGCAACUCCUGGAGUGGGUGGUCGAGGACGCGGAGCCACGUCGGACGCUGGUCGCCGUCUGUGGGAUGGGCGGCGUCGGCAAGACCACCCUCGUCACCCGCGUGUACAGGGAGGCGGCGGCGACGAGCCACUUCGAUUGCUCCGCGUGGGUGGCCGUCUCUGGAGGCGUCACGCGGGACGACGUCCUCUGGAAGAUCCUCAAAGAGCUGCACCUGCAGUGCGACCGCGAUGAUGAUGACUACCGGUCGCUCGUGGCGGCUGUAAGGAGGCAUCUUGGGAAGAGGAGGUAUCUGAUCGUGCUCGACGACGUCUGGGACGCGCACCUGUGGGACACGCUCCUCCGUCAUGCGUUCCUCGACGACGCGACCGGUAGCCGCGUGGUCAUCACCACCCGCAGCAGAGACGUGGCUAUGGCCGCGGUGCCCGAGAGGAUCAUGACGCUGCAGCCACUGCCGUGGCACGAGGCGUGGACGCUCUUCUGCAACGUCGCCUUUAGGUCCUGGUCCAGGGAGAGGGAGGAGGCGGCGUCCGACACCGACGGCAGAAGGACGUGCCCGAGCCACCUGAAGGAGCUCGCUAGCAGCUUGCUAGAUCGAUGCGGUGGCUUGCCGCUGGCGAUCGUGUCCAUCGCCAAUCUCCUCGCGCUGAAAGAGAGGACAGUGUUCGCCUGGAAGAACGUCCACGACAGCCUCGUGUGGGACAAGAGCAGCAGCGACCUUGGGAUAGGGGAGGCCGCAAGCAUACUUAACCUCAGCAUCGAUGACCUGCCGCACCACCUCAAGAGAUGCUUCCUGAGCUGCAGCAUAUACACCGAGGACUUCUUGAUCAAGAGGAAGAUACUGAUAAGGGACUGGGUCGCGCAGGGCUUCAUCCAAGAGGAACAACAUGGCUCUGCAGCCACACGUACAGUGGAGGAUGUCGCAGAUGAUUAUUUGGACCAGCUAGUACACCGCAGCCUCAUCCAAGUUACUGAAACCAACGAAUUUGGCCGUGCCAAACGGUGCCUUAUUCACGACCUCAUCAGGGAUCUGAUUAUCCAAAGGUCAAGAGGAGAAGGCUUCUUUCAGUUUACCAAGCGCAAGAUAACAAUGGACUGCAGCGUCAGAAUCCGUCAUCUUUCAGUUGACCGAUGCGAACUGGAUUGCGAAUCGCUUCCAAGGCAGGUGCAGGCUUCUCUUCGCUCCUUCCACGCAUUUGGGUCAGAAUUCGGUGCUCUGUUCCUAUCCCGAUUUAGGCUGAUAACUGUUCUCAACCUCUGGUUCGUUGAGAUGAACAAGUUGCCCAACACGGUGAUGAGUCUGUACAAUCUACGGUAUCUCGGUAUCCGCUCGACUCUCAUCCAAGAACUACCGGAGAAUCUAGGAAACUUGCAGAAGCUGCAAACAUUGGACGCCAAGUUAUCCAUGGUGCAAAGGUUACCAGACAGCACAGCCAAACUAAAGAGCAUGCGCCACCUGAUACUUUUGAGGCGUCCAACUGCUGACUUAUUUGGGCCCCCGUUUCCCGGCAAAGCAGUUGGAGCUCCUAAAGGGCUAGAAAACCUGACCAGCCUGCAGACACUCAAGUAUGUUGUAGCUGACAAGAAGAUGGUUGGUUCCUUAGCAAGACUGGAACAGAUAAGGAGCCUAGAGCUAUCUGGAGUAGAUGCGAGCCUUACUUCUGAAUUGUCAUCGUCAAUCUCCAGAAUGAGCUGUCUUGUGCGCUUGGGUUUGGAAACCGAGCCGACAGCGACAGAAGAUGCAGUACUUGACUUGGACUCAAUUACUCCACCACCACUUAAGCUACAAAAACUCGCAUUGACUGGCAAGUUAGCAAGAGGGAGGCUGCCAUCAUGGACAUGCUCUUUGACUAGCCUCGUGCAACUACGGCUGUGCCGUUGCGCUAGUGCGCAAGAUUCAUUCUUUCUCCUCGCAGCGCUUCCAGGGCUUGUAAAUCUUAGCCUUAUCGACACAUACCAUGACAAGGUCAUGACCUUUGUGGGAGGUAGUUUUCCUGCACUGAAAAGACUCACCUUGCAGGACUUGGCUAACCUUAGUCGUAUAGAGUUUCAGCAAGGUUGCCUACUAAAGCUACGUGACCUGGUACUUGACCACUGCACCGAGCUGACUGAGGCACCUGUAGGCAUGAAGAACCUCAACCAUCGUCUGAACUCGGAAGUUUUUGGCAUGCCAACAGAGUUUGCAGAUAAGUUGAAGGAACACAGUCAUGAUUCUGAUAUUACAAAUUCAGAAGUCGAUCGUCGGGCACAUCUGUGUUUGAGGUACUUGAGAUGGGUUGGAAGAAACAAGUGA